AUGGCUACGAAGUUACCAAAUAAAGCCAUCGAAAGCUCAGUGAUAACGAUAAGAAUAAGGAUUUUUAGACGUGAUAAAGUGUGCAAUCGUGAUAAUAUUGAUUUUGCAUCACGUUCCACUAUGAUUAAUAAAAUGAACGAAUGGUUUCGUAAUCUUUACGAUACACGAUGUUGGUGUAAUCUUAAACUUACAGGAAAUAUUAUUGGAUGGCUCGGAGUUAUUUAUCGGAGCGUCGCGAUUAUCGCUCUAGCGAUAUACUUUUCACAAUUUCCAGAAGAAGCUCAUCUUUACACAAUUCUUUUCAGCCUUCUUUUAACUUAUGGCUUUGUGUCUCUGAUAGCAAAUUUUACUCUUCUAGUGGGAAUUAGCAAACAAAGUCAUAGAUAUCUUGUACUUUAUAUCGGUGUUUUGGGAGCCGAAGUUGGUAUUUUUGUAAUUCUUCUAGUUGCUGGUAUCAUAUUUUUUUUAAAGUUAAACACUCCCAAUGUUCUGACAUAUUUCGUCCCUUGCGGAAUCGUGUUUCUAGGUGUGUAUUUUUAUUUAUGGCUGUGUUUGGCGUUUCUAUUCGAGCAGUUCAAGUCGGCCCAUGAAGAACGCCCUUCUUUUCAAUCGCAAGAAAAACAUUCAAAACGAGUUCGCUGUAGUCUGAGUUGUUUCAAGUCGGCCUCACUUGACAUCGCCACAUAAAUAUACCAAAUGUUUGGUUUUAAUCCGUUUUUGCGCAAGCUUUGUUCGUCUCUGUCAUAAAUUAACCCCAAUAAACCCAUUCACAUCAAUUCGCCAUGAAUUUAAGUCAAUUUGUAGCAGACCGCCGGAAAAGCACUCUCCUUAUCUUUUGUAUCAAUGAAGAAUUUGUUCUGGAGAGUUCUUUAUAGUUAUGGAUUGUUCCUUAAGUUUCCUCGGCACGGAAGUUAUCCAAUAUCCAGUCGUUCCCAAGACACGGCCAAAAACGUGUCCAAAGAUGCAAUCUAACUUAUUGCUUUAAAUAAU